GUUGCGAUCAGCAAGGUCAAUUACUCGACACUCUGAAGCCAUGGCCUGGCUCAAGCCAAUGCUGAAGCUGCAAUCAGCGUCCCGAGCACCGAGCAGGUUUGCACGGAGCGCUGCCCAACACCUGGGCAAGAAGUUCUCGCCUGUUUUUGAAAUCCGCAGCUCGCCGGGCAAGGGACUGGGAGUUUUUGCGACCAAGAACACACCUCGCAAUGCCGACAUCAUGCGUGAUCCGCUCGCUUUCCGAGCCUGGAAGGGCGAAGACAUAGUGGAGCGAUACCUGGGAUUCAUUAUGCUUCCAGUCACGACACGACAGAACAUACUGAAACUCUCGGUGGGUCAAACCGUCUUAGAUUAUCGUGCGAUAGUCGACGAGACCUACCCGAGGGACAACGACUACGACGUCUUCAAGCUGGACGAUAUCAACAACACAAACGCCUUCACCAUCGCCCAUGACACUGGCUUGGCCGGUGAGCUGUUUCUGAAUGCCUGCCGAAUCAACCACUCGUGUAUCCCGAACGCCGACCAGGUAGCCAACGAAGGCACCGGUGACCUGGUCAUGCGUGCCAACCGGGAUAUCAAUGCUGACGAAGAGGUCACAACUUCGUACAUCAUGCGCGCUGCGCCUCGCGAGAUCCGGCAGCGCGAGCUCUCCGAGCGCUGGGGUUUUACCUGCCAGUGUCCAGCGUGCGAUCCUGGUCACCCAUUCAGUCACUCUCACGAGCGGCGCCUUCACGCUCUUCUUCGAACCUACAAAGACUCCGCCUGCUAUUUGGACGAUGACGGCCGGUUGAAGAGUGCCGAGAAAUGGCCAUACGCGGCGCUCGAGCAAGUCGCAGGCAGUUUCAGGAGACGGACUGAGCUGCUCACCGAGCACCAUUCGCUACGGUCAUACACUCGCGAGGUAUACCUAGGAGCGUUCGAAGUUGCUAUCGCCAAGUAUAAGCUGAGGCGGGUUCGGUCCGACCUCGAGGAAGCCCUCAAGCUGUUGGAGUUGACCAUCCAAGCGGAAAGAGUGUAUUUUGAGGAGGCUAUUGCUCGGUCGCACGAGGAACUCUACGCCAGACUUGAGAGAGGCGACAUCUCGGGGGUAUGA